AUAAAAGGAUAAGGAUUUUAAUUCUACUUUUCUCUGAGUAUUUUUUUUUAAUUUACUCUGAGGUAGCAGUUUUUCUUUGUGAUGUAAUCCACUCUGGUAGUAAUGAAGUGCUUCACAAUUUGGGCUCCAGCUCCAUGGAAAAAAAUCACAUCUGUUUGUCCCACACAAUGUUAUUUUCUGUGUACAAACAUGCUGAGUUUGGAUGAGUGCUGAGAUUUUACAAACUCCACUGGUCGACAUCAAAUUAUUAUAAUCAAGAAUAAUAAAGUCAGAUAUCUUGAAAUCUUUCCUUGCAGAUUUUGCCUAAAUCAGCAUGAUGGGGUGUCUGAGAAUAUUCAGUGAGUUCCAUUUCGGAAAGAAAGUCUGGGAACUGAAGAUCGAUAAAUAAUGGUGCGAUUUAUUGCGUUUAUUAGGCAAGAAAUCAACCUGAUAUGAAGCCAAUGUUCUCAUUGGACCCCGCCAAAGUUUCUUAAAUUGCCUAGAAUUAUUCCAGUAUCUGCAAUUCACAAAUUGAGGAGAUAUUAGGUACACGUCACUCUGUGAUCGUACAUCAUCAACAAUUGGUGAUUAUGUUACAGACAAAGGUUAUUCGAUAUUGCAGUCAUUUACAACUGUUCCAGGCUAUUUUGAAUCAAUGUACCUAAAUUGUUACUAAAGAAUAUGUGUAUUAUGACAACAGCUGUUGAAUAGCAAAAUUAAUCUACUGGUACCCUACUCUAUAAUUGAUACAAACUUCUAAUAAAAUAUAUGCUAUUUUUGAAAUGUAGCUAUGUAGAUGCACACGAUUGAAGAAUAAGAUUAUCCUAUAGGGGAUCAAAUGUUCAAGUACCAACAAAAUGUAACAGCGCUUGAUUUACAAGUUUUGUGCGCCCCCACAGUUUAUAUUUGUAAACAGAAUGGAAUUGUUGCAAUUGUUUUUAAUAAGGUAUGGGCUGUCUAUGCUGUGGAGGAAUCGAUAGAGGCUGGCAGUAGGAGUUCGCUUGUCGCUGGCUACAGAGGCUAGAUGUGGAGUAUUGAUUCAAUCUAAGGAAAACGCUGCUGACAGAAAUUAAGGAUGUUUAAGUAGAGAGACACCUGGCUGAUGAAUGAACGGCGAGCUGUGACAUCAUUAAUAUGACAGUACUAAUUACACCAGCAUUGAUUAGUGAUCCCUCACAGAGUAGUACUUGGAACAGCUACCAGCAGCAGCAGUGAUGUGAUCACCAGGAAUCUCCAGUCCUCCAAAUGACAUGACACUCGUUAAUUAGGAACCAGAACUCAUUAACAAAAUGCUCAUCAAGGAGUACCGGAUCUCCCUGCCUAUGAGUGUGGAGGAAUACAGGAUAGCUCAACUCUACAUGAUACAGAGGAAGAGUCGAGAGGAGAGCCAUGGAGAGGGGAGCGGGGUGGAGAUUAUUGAGAACGAGCCGUAUGAAGACGGUCCCGGGGGGAAUGGGCAGUACACCUACAAGAUCUACCAUGUGGGCAGCCACCUACCAGGUUGGUUUCGUGCCAUUCUGCCCAAGUCUGCCCUGCGAGUGGAGGAGGAGGCUUGGAAUGCCUACCCAUACACAAAGACUCGCUACAGGUGCCCCUUUGUGGAGAAGCUUUACCUGGAGAUAGAAACACGGUACCUGAACGAUGCGGGAGAACAGGAUAAUGUAUUCAACCUGAACUCAUCUGAACUCAAAAACAGGGUCGUAGAUUACUUGGACAUUGUAAAGGAUCCUAUCUCCAGUGGGGACUACAAGAAAGAGGAGGACCCCAAGCUGUUCCGGUCGGAGAAGACCGGGCGUGGCCCGCUGACGGAAAACUGGCUGGCCGAGUACGCCCGCGACUCAAAGAUCCCGGCCAAAAAGAAGUGUGUGAUGACGGCGUACAAACUUUGUCGGGUCGAGUUCAAGUACUGGGGCAUGCAGAACAAGAUCGAGAGGUUCAUACAUGAUAUAGGUUUGAGGAAGACGAUGCUUCGUGCUCACAGACAGGCCUGGUGCUGGCAGGAUGAGUACUACGGCCUCCAACUCAGCGACAUUCGACGACUUGAAAGAGAAACUCAGCUCGCACUGGCUGAGAAGAUGAAAAUGGUGUCAAUGAAUGAAGAAGAGGGAGAUGAUAAUGUCGAGGAUACUCAAAGUACGCCCAAAAUUCCAAUCUCUACGUCCUUUGAUCAGGCAGCAGCCAUUAAGAAACAGACACCGGAACACGAAGCAUCGGGGAAAAUCACACCCACUGGAAGGAAGAUGUCGUCGGAGGCCCUACACAAACGCUCGCUCAGUGGCUCAACUAAACACAGGAUGGGACAUGGAUCUUUCCACGAUGUUUCCACCUCCCGCAUGUUUGAGAGUUUGGAACAGCUCCAAGAAUCGAGCUCAGACGAGGAGGAGUUCUUCGAUGCUAAAGGCCACAUGACGCCGUGCGACGAGAGCACAUUCUGGUCAGAUGAGGGAUCGCAGGGUCCGUCGAGCUCAGGCAUUGGAAGUAGAGAUGAGGAGGAUAGAGCUGAUUCCAGGGCAGAGGGGAUGAUCAGUGGGGACGAGUAUGCAGACGCACGGUCAGUGACCUCGGAGGAUCACAUAGAUACAUCUCUUGGAAAGAAGGUGGAACAAAUCCGACAACAUCUGUACACGGAGCAGAGUAAGGACUCCUCCCCCCCACCGUCCGCUGGAUGUAAGACCAACAUCCUGUUCCUGGUUCUACAUGGAGGAAACUUGCUUGACAUGCACAUCGACCACGUCCAAGCUUCCAAGAGAAGUGACUUCAGCACGUUUAAGAUGACGUUUGAGCAGGUGAUGAGGACCCACUACCCGGGGGCACUAAAUCACAUCGCCUUCAGACUAGUCUCCUGUCCCCAGAUCUGCACAGAGACAGUCAACCUCCUCGCCAGCCUGAGUCCCUAUGGACUGGACCCCCAGACACCAAAGUCCCAGGAAGCCUCUCUCUGGACCCAGGACUUUGUUCCCCUUGGGGCCAUUGCAUUGUUUGCUUCCUCAAACCCUGAGUACCAUGAGGGUGUUAACAAGAUGGUGGCCAAAGCUAACCUAGUGUAUCAGGACUUCUUGACCUCUGGAGAGGGCAAGGGCUUUACUGGACAGGUGUGUCUGUUGGCGGACUCCACAGCAUCCAUCAUGGCUUAUGACGCCCUGACAUCGGCCAGCCUUCACUGUGGCCGGGGAAUGAGUACCUACGACAGCAACAGUAGUCUGAACAUGGAGGGAAACCCAAGGAGCUGGGCCUCCAAGACCUCCGAGUCGAGUCAAGCCAUGAGUCUGAGUGAUCCCGAUCUCUCCAAGUGUUGUAAUAUCAGAGACUGCGCAUGUAACACGGCAGACAAACAGUUCAGUAAAAGUGAUGUCUCGUCAGCGACAGACAACAAGCUUAGACGUCAGAACUCAGGUCAGAGACUCUCUGCGACGACGUAUCUGAACGUCAGUGAGCCCCCGGAACACAUCAGACGCACCAGCACCGGCAGUAACUAUGAUGGGCCGUGUAUGAAGCUGGACUUUGAGGUGUCAGAGUUCUUUAUGCUGGGGGCUCCCCUAGGGCUGGUGUUGGCCUACAGGAGAAUGACAUCGGGGGAUGAUUCCCCGCCCCAAAGUCCCAUGUGCAAUCAGGUGUACAAUCUGUUCCACUCCAGUGACCCUGCAGCGGUCCGGCUAGAGCCUCUCGUCCACGAGUCUUUCAAACAUAUCCCACCUGUCAAAAUCUCCAGGUACAACAAGUUUCCUCUCGGAGAUGGAGAACCCAUCCAUGUAGUUGAGACAGUACAGAGUAACUUGAAUCUGUUCACUAACCGGCGCUACUCCUCCGGUCCCUUCCUCCAGAGACAGGGAAGCAUCACCAGCAAUAUCUCCCAGAUGUCAGGCCUAGGAGAGUCCGCCGUGUCCUUUAUCACUGGCGUGACCAGCAGGUGGUGGGGUAACAAGCGGCUGGACUUCGUCCUGUACUGUCCCGAGAUCCUCCACUCCUUCCCGGUCUCUGCUCUCCCUCACCUGUUCCACGCGAGCUUCUGGGAGUCCAGUGAUGUCACUUCCUUUAUCCUACGACAGGUACUGAGGUAUGAUGUGUCUUUAUUUGAGUCAUCUGGUGAUGUGGAUCUACAGUCCAGUCUCAGUGGGAAGGUCUCCCGAGAGAAAUGGUUAAAACGCAGAACUACAAUUAAAGUCAAGAACUUGCAGCCAAAUCAUCGCGGAAACGAUGUGAUGGUGUUGGAGGACAAACCCCAGGUUAUCACGGCCAGGUUCAUGUACGGCUCGUACGACGUGACUUCACUGUCAGGGGAGAAGGUGGACGUCCAUGUGAUGGACCAGCAGACUGGGGAAUGGCAGUACAUGGGGACCGAGGUCACUGACAAAAACGGCAAGCUCCAGUUCACCAUUCCAUCUGAGAAGAGCCUGCCCCAGGGAAUGCACCCGGUCAAAGUGGUCGUCAGGGGUGAUCACAGCUCGGCCGACUUUUACCUGUGUGUCCUCCCCCCAAAGACAGAGACUGUGGUAUUCAGCAUCGAUGGCUCCUUCACAGCCAGCAUGUCUAUUUCCGGGAAGGAUCCCAAGGUCAGACCGGGAGCAGUAGACGUGGUCAGGCAUUGGCAGGAGCACGGUUACCUGAUCGUGUACGUGACCGCCCGCCCGGACAUGCAGCACAAGAGAGUGGUCACGUGGCUGGCCAAACACAACUUCCCGCAUGGAAUGGUGGCGUUCAUGGAUGGUUUGUCCAAAGAACCACUGAAGCAGAAACUGUCCUAUCUAAAGACUCUCCAGUCAGACGCUAAAAUACUGUAUAAGGCAGGAUAUGGAUCCAAUAAAGACAUCUACGUGUACAAAGAACUAGGCCUCAGCCCACAGCAGAUCUAUAUAGUGGGGAAGUCUUCCAAGAAACAGAUGACCCAAGCCCAGGUGCUGAGCGAGGGGUAUGCGGCCCACCUGAGUGACCUCCGUGCCCCAGGGACCACUAGACAGGCUGUGGGAAACGCCCGCCUUUUCAUCCAGAAGGGCUCCUUCACCAAGACAUUCCAGUCUGAAGGAAAGAAGGCACUGAAGAGGGUGCCCUCCAAUCCCACCCCUGCUGGAGAUUUUAAAAACAAACAUGAUGGACUCUUACACACGACUAUAUCAGUCGGGCCGGAGGGACACACCAUAAUAGAGCAUGGGGGUGCCAGCACUGUCAGAACUAGGGGAACAUCUCCAAAGCCAAAACUUGUACUAAAAGAUGUUCCUAGAUAGUGAACAUUGUGUGUUUAGUUUAAAAAUUUCAGUGUUUUUUAUGCUUCCAAUAUAUUUAUAGAGUAUAUUUUCUACUGUAAUUUAACUUACCGGUAGUUUAGUGAAUGUUGAUUUAAUAGGAUAGAGAAAGAUAGACUAAAUUUAUCUCAUAAGGUAAAAAAAACAUUUUUUUACUGUGAUUUUAGUUAGCAAAAGAAUUUAUUUUAUAGUUUAGAAUAGUGAACAACAAGCAAGGUGCUUAGAAAGACGUCCAUUGGUUCAGUUUUUACGUAGAUCUGAGAGUCCUUUAUUGUUAUUGAUCCUUUAUUUUUAGACCUAUACAAGUAUUUAUACAGUCACGUACUUUAAUCUUUAUAUUGUUUCUUUCUCUUUUAUAAACAUACAAGAUAUACAAAUCACAGCAUUUUAAUUCACAUUUAGGAAAUGUCUAAAGGAGAGACUUUUUAUGUCUUUUAUUCAGAAAUGCCAUUAAGCAGACAUUUUUAGCUGAAUUAUGACACAAUUUUUUUUUAUACCAUGUACAACAUCAAAAUGAUUUUGACACAAGUAGAAUUUCUUUCAUUAUUAACAUUCUCCUAUGUAUAAGACAAUCCAUGGCUCUGGGCAGAUAGUUCUAAUGUAUUUUUGUUCUGGUUUGACAAUAAACUAGUAUUUACUGCCAAUGGUUUUGUUUCUUGGCAGACACUUUACCCGUAUUUUCUCAAGGUUUGUGCUUUCUGGAUGGCUAUUAUACAGGUAUUCACUGCCAGUGUAUUCAACUCUGUCUCCAAGAUCUGCUCAGUAUAACAGUAUAAUGUAUCUAGGUAACCAAGUACACAGCCUCUGCGCUAUUCAAGUAAAGGGAUGUCACGCUGUUACUGUUUUAUUUUGCAAUAUUUCAAGUUUGUAACAUCUUUAGAGUUACUGACAUAUCAGUUCACAAGCAUUUUAUGAAUUUCAAGUUCUUUUUUGUGAAAUUGAAAUGUCACAAAGCUUGAAAUUAUAUGUACCGGUAUUCAUUUUUCAUUCUUGUAAUUUUUUUUUGUUUUUCAUGCCUCUAUGAUAGGUAUUAAAUCAAUGAUGACUCAAAUAAAUCAGAUAAUCCUAAGUUACAGCAAAUAUAUGUUUGUUGUAAUUCAAAUUGUUAACAUAUAAGUAAACAAAUAUGUUAAUGCCUAUAAUGUUAAUAUGGAUUGAUUUCAGUUUUAUAUGAUACUUUUAAUACCUGUGGUAUGUGUAUUUUAACUCUAACUAAAUAUAUUUUUAUUAAGUAAGUCAUUUGUUAAGUUCUCCUUCUCUAAAUCCCAAACAUUUUAUGUUAUGAUUUAAUUUCUUGUUUUUAUCUAGUUGUUAUACCAAAUGUUGUUGUACCAUUUUCAUGUUUGGUAAGUAAACAAAUCUAUUUAGACUACA